GUUUUUUUAGCUAAAUUCUGGCAGUUCCAUCAUGGAUUCUGUCACCGAGUGCGACGUUAAGCAGGUGUAUCAGAAGAAGCUGCUCUCGCAGCUGAACGUCGCCAGGAUCGAGGCAAUCUCAAGCUCCGGCGUUCGACAUUACGCUGUGCUGCUGUGCGAAGAUGAAAAAGUCUUCCAUUGCCAGAGCGAUGAGUGCGAAGGUACGAGUGACACGAAGGAGGUCAUUGUAGAGUCCAUGGACGACUUCGCCCAGCGCUACGACCAGUGGCAGGCCUGUCAACUACCUGAUUCCGCAGAUCAUGCGAAGGAAGUUCUACAACUCCUGGACCGCCUAAAGACUCGGCGGCAGGGAGAUGAAGAUCUUCCAUGUCGCCGGUGCUGCAGCAAGCACUUUGCCGAGUCCUGCUUCGAAGUGAAGAAAGUUGGUGAGGUCAAACUCACGCGAGAGCAGAUUCUCUUCCAUGUGGCCAAUCUGCUGACCUCUUUAAAGACCGGCGUCGUGGCUGGGAUGAGUGCUGCUUGUGUGACAACGACCAUGACCAUCAGAACGCCCAUUUUACUUCUUGGAAGGAUUCCUCUGCGCUACACCACGACGACUGCUAUUGUGCCAUACAUGGGCCGACUGGCAGCCACAGGCGUGGGUACUGGCGUCUUUGCGGCUGGUGUGGCGGUGGGUUUGGCGUGGAACUUCGCGGUAAACCUCUAUGCACGUCGCUUCAACGAACGUCUUGCAGCCUCCACGUUGCCCAUUUGUGUGUGCAACUCUACGGACAAGGAGGUGACGCUGCAGCUUCGCAGCGUGCGCGGGGGAAUCAGUUUGGCAGAUCUUGUGCAAUCUGUGCGAGAAUAUUGUGGCGCAGGAUGCAGGACUCUCGCGCUACAAGCUGGAGUUGCAGGCGAGCUUAACCCACCCUGUGAAGAGGCCGAUCCGGAGCAGCGCUUCUUGCUCUGCGCUUUCAUCCAGAACAAAAAGGCCGCUUCACUGCAAGUUCACCGUGGUGACGUCCUUCUCUGGAGCGGUGAACACCGCGGCUUCACACAGGUUCAACUACACGGCUGAAACAAAAAAAAGCCCCCGGUUCCUUUCGGUAGAGGUGUCACUGUUUCAAAUGGUCCAUAUAUUUAUUUUAUGCCCGGAAAGGCAUUCUAUGAGAGCGUUUCAUGGCAAACAAUGCCUCAAGAGUGUUGGGCUUUACCGCCCGUCAGCGGUGAAAUGAGUUGCGAGUUCCUUCUUCUUGGGAGGACAGCUGUCUCACAUGAUCUCAAUCUGGAU